CAGGAUGCGGACCUUGUGGAGGCGCUGGCCCUGCGGCCUGAGGGCGGGCGGCGAGCCCUCGGAGAAACACGCCAUCCUCGACCCGUACGCCUGCCGCCCGGCACCACCACAGCACGACUACACCAACCAGCUGCUGCUGGCGAUGGCGGCCAGCCUGGGCUACCUCACCGUGGGGCUGGUGCGCGGCUUCUCGUCGCCCGGGGUGCCCUCCAUGCAGCAGACGACGCCCUGGCUCGUGCCCGACGACGACGCCGUCUCCUGGGUCAGCUCGGUGCCGCCGCUGGGCGCGUUCGUGGGCAGCCUGGCGUCGGGCCCUCUGCUGCAGCGGCUCGGCCGCAAGCGCACCCUCAUGAUCAGCGCGCCGCUCUUCGUCGCCUUCUGGGUGCUGCUCGCCUUCUCGCAGAACUACGCCAUGCUCUUCUCCGCGCGCAUCCUCACCGGCUUCUGCGCCGGCAUCUCCAUCCCGUCCGCCCAGGUCUACGUGAACGAGAGCGCGCACGCGCGCGUGCGCGGAGUGCUGGGUUCGCUGCCGGCGCUGUUCAUGUCGGGCGGCAUCCUGCUGGCCUACGUGCUGGGCGCGUGGCUGCCGUGGCAGGCGCUGGCCGGCGCGUGCGCGGUGCCGCCCGCGCUGCUCUUCCUCUCCCUGCUGCCGCUGCCAGAGUCACCCGUCUGGCUGGCCGACCGCGGCAGACACGCUGAAGCCGCGCGCGCCAUGGCCUGGCUACACCGCGACAGCGUCUUCGGUGGCGACCCUGCCGCCUCCCCGGAGCCACCAAUGGCGCUCACGGCGGUGAAGUCAGACGGCGGCGGCGUCAGCAGCAGCGUGUUCACCCUCAGUGACGACACGCCGCCUCCGUACAACGGCACGCACCAGGAGGCGGCAGCACCAGAGAAGGAGACAGCCCCCGGCAAGGGCGCGUCGGCCGCCCAGGAGGGCAGUCCCUUCAGCCGGAGGGCGCUGCUGCGCAGGCCCGUCCUCAUCCCGCUGGCCCUCUCGCUCGCCCUGCUCGUCUUCCAGCAGCUCAGCGGAAUCGACUCGGUGGUGUUCUACACGGUGAUGAUCUUCGAGAGCGCGGGCAGCACGCUGGACGACCACGUGGCGACCAUCAUCGUGGGCGCGGUGCAGCUGCUGGCCAACGUGGCAGCGCUGUUCGUGGUGGACCGCGCCGGCCGCCGCCCGCUGCUGCUCGCCUCCGGGGCGCUCAUGGCCGUCUCCAUGGCGGCGCUCGGCGCCUACUUCAACCUGCAGGAGCAGAACCGCGAGGAGGGCCUGGAGCUGCUGCCGCUGGCCAGCCUGGUGGUGUUCAUGCUGGGCUACUCGCUGGGCUACUGCACGCUGCCCUUCCUGCUGAUGGGCGAGCUGCUGCCGGAACGCCAGCGCGGACCGCUCAGCUCGCUUGCCGGCUCGUUCAACCUUGCCUUCAUGUUCGUCGUCAUCAAGACCUUCCACAACUUCCAGCAACUGCUCGGCAACGACGGCACCUUCUGGCUGUAUGGCGCCAUGUGCCUCGCUAGCUGCGCCUUCGUGUGGCUGCUAGUGCCCGAGACGCGCGCCAAAUCGCUCGCAGAGAUCGAGCAGUUCUUCGAGGACAGCCACCAGGCGCGCAAGGAGAAGCGCGCCGCGGCCGCCAGGGCGGUCGUAGUCGCCGCCGCCGCCGCUGGCGGCGCUGACGUCGCCGACGGUGCGCCGGAGAAGACUGCCCAGCCGGCGGGAAGCAGCUAACGCCGGAACAUCGCUCCCGGGCGAUCGUGAUUAAUGUUCCUGUACAAGCGACUCUCUGUUACAGUGAAGGACUGGUCAUUUUAUUGUGGUCGCUGUCUUUCGGCGACUUCAUUAUGUAGAACUGAAGGUUUCCAAGUCACCGCCGAUUAACUUGCCUAGAGCACAUCAGGUCAAAAAGUGGAUCAGUCUGUACCUGUACUACACAUCCACCUCCACUUACUACCAGCAGCCAAUGAAAUAUCGUCUUCCGCUGGGCACCUAGCCAAACAUCACUGUCGACAGUGAUAUCUUGUCUCCUCCAGACUACGCUGUGGCAGUAACUUAUUGCUGUCCACAGUGUCACUUUAUGAAGUACGGUGACACAGAAGCUCGCUUCCCCUCUCUGUCAACGUGCAUACGGAACGUAUUCCCUUCCAUGCUGUACUAUUUUUUACUCUCUCUGCGUGGUAAGCCUUCGGACAUGGCAUUUACUAUACAGGGCGUGAACGAUAACCAUUAGCAACAUAACACAGUGGUGCAGAGAAAGUCGAGACGAACAAUUUGAGACAGACACUCACGGUCUGUAAUGCUGGGAAACAACUCAAAGUGGUCUACUACGCCGCCACAUAAGUUAGCUAUUUCGUCAACAACUUCCCUGUGAGGGUGAUGAAAGAAAAAAGAUUUUUGUGAAUGUUAUGCAAAAGCUAAUUACGAUUGCAGUUCGACUUAAAUUUAAGCCUCAAUAAUUAGGUAGUAAGAAGGCCAGGCAAAUAAAAUGACUUAAUUGUUAAUUUUAUAGUAUUAAAAUUCAGAAAACUGUCAGGCAAAAUUUGCACAAAGGUCAAUUCUGCAACUUAUAAGUGCACAACUGUCGACUAAGCCAAUGGGAAAACAGCCAAGUCAACUCGGUGAGUUAGUGUGAUGGCUUAAUCAGCUAAAGAUGGCGGCUGGGUGGACUGCAGAAAUAUUGUGUCAAGAUGCUGAUAUGUUCCAGCUGGAGACCUGACAUGAAUAUCAAGAGGAGAACAUGUCGAAUCUGGCUAAUAAUUUCUGUAAUUCCCGAUUUUUGCACAGUGUAGGAGUUAGCGGCAUAAAUUACAUACUAAAAAUCCUGACUAGUAAGAACAGAGUGUUGAGGUGGGGGUGAAUUUGGAGGUCACUGUGGUACGUUUUCCUUGAAAAACUUGAAAUCCGCGGCUUCUAGUGAAAAUGUAUUCCAGUACAGAAUUAAAGUACAUUAAAUUUCCUACAGAUAAGGUUCUAUUCAUUUUUUUCUCUAGGGUCGUAGUUUCCGCAAUGAGAACGAGGGAAUUUUGAAAAUUUCCAGUGAUGCGCAGGCACUGUUGUUUACUUGGUUUCUGUAGACCAACCUGUGGUAGUUUCCCGACUUCACAGUCCACAAGUGCCCAAAAUCAAAUUGUUUGUCUCGACCUUCCCUACACAAGCGGUGUCCAACCAGCCUUCUGCAGGUGGCCCGAAGUAAGUAUCAAUGCUGCUCAGGAAGUGUGCACCUGUCACGCGACAGGGGAAAAAAAAUCAUAAAAUUCCGUUUGUGUAAAGUUAUGAUAAACUGAAUAUUUUCAAUCUGAAACUCCCGCCACGCCAUGCUAUUUCUCUUUGAUCGUUACUGCUUUUUUUCUUCUCUUCACGACAGUUAUUGUUAAUGUUAAGUAUAUUAUGUGGCCCAACGUUGUAAACAGGGACUGUUUACAUCAUGUAGUACCGCCUUACUGAUUCUUCCAUCGACAAUUCUAUCCUAAUAUUGAUAAUGUUAGGAAGCUCUGAAACGUUAUCAGUAGACCAGGAAGGGCGCAGUGAUAUGAUACAAAAUAUCCAAACAAGAUUUUAUGCAAGUGGGUUGGUUAUUUAUCAAUGCAACAGCAAACAUUCAGAUUCCAUACCCAUUGAAUAAUUAACUGUUGCACAUACAAUUAAUAGAUGCUUAUCGCACAUUCUACAGGAAUACUUUACACCUCCCCUCGAUUUCUCUUUUGGAUUGGUUGAAUAGCUAGACAGUGAUAGUGCAUGAACUGGGCACUUAACUGAGUAAAUGAGACACACACUUAUCUAUCUCUUUCUUUCAGUGGAAAAUCUUUUGAGUCACAUGACUGGAUUCUCUAGCUCUGUUCCUUUAUCAAAAUGCUUAUUUCUGAAUUCUUUCUUCACUUAUUGUUUUCAUUACUCCUGAUACGUAAUCAGUACAAUCUGCAUACUAGUGUGAUCUCUUUGGCUGUUAUUGUAGAGGAAGUGAUGCAUCUUUUCAAUAUCUUCUAUCUGUGUUUCUGCUUCUUUCAGUCAACAGUCUGUCAUUAGGCUUCACAUGAUUUGUCAGUCCUUUCUAGUCUUCACCAGGUUAUUAAUUUCUACAUUGUUACUUCAGGCUUUUUCCUCGCUAUUCAUGCUAUCACAAUUACGGUCAUUCAUUUACUUGAUGGGUUUUACAGUCUGCAGCUUCACAUCUGGCCAUAUUAAAUUAUCCUUGAGCUGAUACCUUAAUACAUGUGUCCAUAGUGCUUAAGGGGACACAGUCGCGAGGGAACUCCCAUAAGGAAUCAAAGCUAAAAUGAGCAAACGUCAGGUACACUUUCUGAAGUAACUAAUGGAGAUAAAGACCUGAAACUUUUACAGUGUACAGCUGAAACAUAAUUCUCAAAUCACAUAAAAAUGGUUAAUGUAUUUUAUAUAUUUCAUGACUAAUCAUUUUUUUGUUCUAUAAGACAAAAAAUUAAAACUUUUCUAAACACUGUGGAGCUUAUAAAUCUGUUCUUUUUAUCACUACUGGUCUAUUUUUAUCUAAUGAAUCAUCGUUGUAUUAACAAGAGAUACUGUAAGUCUGAUGUCUGUAGCAGUCAUAGCUUUUGAGAAAAGUGUACCAGAAGGUCAAAAAAUGUAGUUUUGAGAAAAAUGGUAUUAAAGUUUUACAUGCAAGAAAGUAAUGUACAAUGUCAUACAGACACACUUUUAAAACAUUCCAGGGCUAUACUGUGGCUCAGCUUCUUGAUCUUUAUCUUCUUUUCUUUGAUCUUCUGGCUAUCCUGGCCUCCUUGGUAGCAUUUCCUGCAGAAAUAUCAGCAUAACGGAUACGGUCCAUGUCAAUCUUUUUCAGUCCCCUUUAAGUAUUGAUACCAUCCUUUGUUCCCAAGAGUCUUAAUACGUCAGUUUUCUUUGACACACCAGCAUUGAAGCACAUCACUGCAUCAUGAACACCAAAUUUUAGUUUUUCUUUUCCAACGAAAACAGUUUUUGGUAGCCUAGUCCAAAUGACAGAAUUCAAACUUUCAUUUGGGUUUUCAGUUUUUCCAUGGAGACACUUUUUCAAGAGCUCUUGUUGGCUAAGGUCUCUGAAAAUGGGUUUUGCAGCUAGCAGGAUUUUUUCUGGAGUUGAAUGUUUGUGCUUAUAGCUGGAAGAUGUAGCUGGGUUGUUGAAUUUGCACCAGCUGUCAGGUCACUGUGGGCAAAGGUUAUGUUGUGAUUCCUCAUCCGUCAAAAUUUUAUGAAAGAAUAUAGCCCAGAUGGCUCUCCUCAUUGCUUCUACAUUGUUGCAGUUAUUUCUAAUGGCCAUACCAUAAUAAGUCUGGAUCCUGUCUAUUUCAGCCUUUGUCAGGCCCCCUUUACCACCUAACUUUUUUUUCUUUACAUAUCUUUAGAAGUCGUGAUCCCAUUCUUUUCUGUACAUGUCCCGUACAUUCCAGUUUAUUAAUUUUGACUCUAGGCCCAUAAUGUUUAUCUUCUACCACUUUCUGAUAAGCCUUACUGUCCCCGUCCCCAAGACAGUCUGUAUAGAGGAUACCUCUUGACUGCAUAGACCAUUGGAAAAUGUUAGCAACACCAGCCACUUCCAUGCCUCCACUAGAAUCAUCAUAGUCCUUUUUGCACACAUGCAACCACUAUACAUAGUGGGAUUUUUGCUACAGAUGUCACAGAACUUAGUAAUAAUUUCAAUAUCCAGAACCUUCCCAGUAUCAAAAGAAGUUGCUGACACAAUGCCAUUUAGGGAUGUAUGCACACGUUUCUGCCAACUGCCAUCAGAACCAGCAGAAAUUUGCCUUGGGUCAGAUUUCGUAUCAUUCAACUGAACUGCUUCUUUGGCUGCUUUCAACAUCGCAGAUUCACUUACCUCAGCUACAACUGCACCAAUAGUCUUGUUGUAAUCAUCAAACUUUCUUGGAGGUGGAGGAAUGUUCAUCACUGCACAAAGAACACCACCUGCACUUCGCCCUUUUCCAAUAGAUCUAAGUGCACACACUAAUCUUAUAUUGUUUUCAUACAAUCUGGUUCUUGUUAAGUGGGAUGACAUUGCAUUGGCAGUACAGCUACAUUCCAAACAUGUCAAAACUAAAUUACAAACAAUUCCCUUGGUUUUCACCACAUCUUCAUGUAAAGUAACGUUUCCACCACAGUUUUUACAAUUUGUGUGUUUUUCGAUAAGUUCACGUAGUAACCUCAUGGAGAUCAGAAUGUUUGUGUCAGUAACAACAGAAACACUGUUCACACCACAUAUUGCAUUGUCACGCAUUUGAGAGGCACUUGUAAAACCGGCAGCACCUAGAAGCUUCUUGCUUGAAGCACUGACACUCGGACUGACUUCACUUUCAAUAUUAUUUUCUGCCCUCUGUUCAAAACUAGCAGUUUCGCGAUUUAUUUUUACAUAUUUAUUUCCACGAAACUUAGGCUUAUAUCCAAACUUCCUUAUUCUACCCAUUGUGUUUCAAAAAAUCAUUACAUUUGUAUCACCAAAACGUAAACAACUAGGAUGAAGAAACUGACAAACGAUAGUCGACAAUGCAGGCAGGCUGGCAAACAUCAGAAUAACAAUUCUCUAAAAAUGGACGUGGCGCUAGUUACCAUGCUUCAUGAACAAAUUAAUAACUCCGAAUCUAACAAUCAGAUUUGUAUGAAACAAACGGCAUUUUGUAGCCAAAUAAUUGGAGCAUAGAUUAAGACUAAAAAAAAUCGAUUUUUUGAGCCUGUUCGCGACUGUAUCCCCUUAAAACCAAUACAUUUAUGGUCCAAAAAUGUCCUAUGUCACAUCAUACAUCCUUCUUCUGCAAGUGUUGUGUACCAGUUGGAAGAGUGAUUCCUGAUGCAUUCUGCAUAGCCAGACAGAUUUUGUGGUGUUGCCAGUUGCUCUCCUUCUGCUCCAAACUAUACAUUUCAAUUUCUCUCUCCCUUGGCAGCUGGUAACACUGGAGUUUAUUCCACAUGGCGACAGUGUUUCUGAUUCUCAUUAAAAUUAUAUUCUUGGAAUCCUAUUUCUCUCGCUCGGUAACGUAAUACUGCGUAGAUUUGUUUGCUGUAUCUCAUCCAUAACAAACACAAUGCUGACUAAAUAGCUCCUCUAUACCUACACUAACAUGAAAUCAACAUCAAACAUUCUUCAAGUGCUAUACGACAGAAUGAUUCUACUGGUUGACACAUACUGCCCCCCACUCCUCUGCUCUCUGUUGGGCAUGUGGACAGGCUUCCCACAGGCGCAGCCCUUGUGGCCAACCCCCUCAAUGUGUCAACCGUCUGGUAUCACAAACUCCUUGUUGACCACAAUGGUCAAUAUUUAAGAGGAAAUUGAAGAGUAUGAAACACCUGAUCGCCUGCGUAAGUGCAUGCACUUCACACAGCCAGCACUUUUCACAAAUUUCUAUCUAUGUGUAUUUGAUGAUCGCUUUAUUUUGCACUGUAGCACCUCUCUUCAAAAGCUCGCAGAGUUAUACGUUUGCACUCUCUACGUCAGAUUACCCUAUCCUGCUAUGCGCCUGCUUCUCACUUUUGAAAACUUUAUUGUCAGUCUUCCUCCAUUGUUUGAGGGCAGCAGAUUUGUUUUGCAAAAAAGGCUUUGUUCAUCACUAAUUUAUAUUUUACCCUUUGCUUGCUCUAGCCAACCUGUGUAAUUUCUCAAGAUAGUAGGUUCCACAACUUCUAGUGUGUAUUAUGUAGCUAUGAUUUUUACAGGUUAGUGUUAUAUUUUGAGAUAGUGCUCACUACUUUUGUCUUUUUCAUUUGUUAGCUUUGAAUUCUGUGCUAAGCAACUUGUGAAUUUAAUGUGAUACAGCACUUCUGUGAUUCCUUGCCUUCAACAAUGUAUGUAUGUUUCCGUUCUAGCUACCACUCUCACUGUUAUUUGCUAUAAUUAUAUUUUCGAUCAUUAAGGUUCCUUUUUGAUUAUUAUUUAUUUCUCAAUAUGACCAUAACUGUUGCUUGUUCAGCCAUUUUAAUGCAUAAAAAAUUUCUCUCUCACUCUAUCUUAGUGAAGAGACGUGUGACUAAUUAUACACAAAUGAUUAAAUUUGAAAAUCUACAUAAUGUGCGAGUUCGUUUUUCGAAUCAGUGUUCUCCAUUUCGAAUUUAAUUUUAAAAAAGUAGAUAAAAAGAGAAAAACAACAUCUCAGGACAUAAUGAACUAAGCAAAUCCACUUCUGGAAAGAUUUAUUUUCUAAGUAUUCUGUCUGUCUUCCGAUACAAUCUGCUUUUACAACAUCGGUAGCCAGAUAAAGUUCCCAAAAUAUUUCCCAUUUGCUCACACAAUAUGAUCCUUUCAAAUAUACUACUUGCCAAGACUUUUAGCCGACAUAUCAAGAAGGAAGUAAAUUUUGUAGGAACUUCGUUGAUCAACAGUAGUACUUCUAAAUGAUCAGUAAGUGUCAGGAGAUGCCUACUACCACUGAUACAAUGUACUGUCUGAGAAAGAGGUCUAUGACCUCAUUGUAGAAAUAUGUAUAACCUCCUCUUUUGGCUACCACAGGAAACCUGACACUGUUUUUGUAUAAUUUUUUUUGGGGCAUUGGGUCUUUGCAAUCCUGGUAGUUUUCUGUUGGGCGUGGAUUUCUUGUACCUCUUGUUGUGCUGCCAUGUUUAUUUAUUUUCUUUUUUCAUUCAAUUUUUUCUUUUUUGUUCAUUGUCUGAAUAAGCCCGUUAACUGAAGCCUAUUUACAGAAAUAAUGUUUCACUCUAAUCAGAAGUGUAUGAUUCACUAAGUAUGACUAGUAAAAGCAAGACAAAGGGUCCCACAGCUAUGGGAUCAUGCUUACAAGCUAUGGAAAAUUUGAUGUCGUAAACGAAGCACUACUGUAUACAGUGUACCUGAUAUGUGUUGUUGAGUGCCUACCUGAACAAUAAAGAAAAAUGUUAUUACUGUUA